CCAAUAGUCUUCAGUUGUAGAAAUGGCAGCGCUGAGACAGGAGCAUCGGUAUGGGCUCUCCUGUGGCAAAAUCAACAAAAACACCCCGAAUCAAACUCUCUACCACGUCAAACUCACUGACACCGCCAUCCGGACCCUCGAAGCCUUCCAGAACCUGAAGGCAUCACUAUCAAUUCAGCCAGCGAUUUGCUUCAAGGGGAGCCAGGGGUACAUCAAGAUCCCAGUGCUGUCCCCCGAAUCCCCAGAUGGAUUCAGAGUCUUUUCGUUCUACUUGUCCAGUGACAGCAAAGACAAGCCUCAGUCCAGCUUCGACUGCAUUCACCAGUAUGUCUCAGGGGAGGGCAGGGAUCACCUGGAGGGCCAGGGCAGCAUUCAGGACAAGAUCACAGUUUGCGCCACAGACGACUCCUACCAGACAACCCGGGAGCGUAUGUCUCAGGUGGAGAAGGACAUCUGGAGCCGCACAGCAAUUGAGAUCAAGCCGGGGCCAAGCAAGUGCGUGAAGGUCCAGAGGAAGCAGGCUCUGGUAUCAGGCUCAGAUAGCAGCAACAAGCACUCCCCCAGCAACAAGAGGAGCCUGGUUCCCAGCCCUGUGGCACAACGGCCCUUGAGGGAUCGCAUCAUUCAUCUGCUAGCCUUAAAGCCCUACAGGAAACCUGAGCUUCUGCUGUGGUUAGAGAGGGAGCGGGCCAGUCCAAAGGACAAGGCUGACCUGACCUCAGUGCUGGAUGAGGUUGGUAAACUGAACCCUAAAGACCACAGCUACUCCCUGAAGGAUGAGCUCUACAGACACGUCCAGAGAGACUGGCCUGGAUAUCUAGAGGAGGAGAAGCAACUUAUCCAUCGGCUCCUGAUCAGGAAACUUCAGCCACUCCACAGUAGCCAGUUGAGGAGUCCCCAGUCCAACCAUUCAUUCCACAAAACUCCAGGGGACUCUCCUUCUUCACAACUCAGCCCUGCCAAGAAUCUUUCUGUGAAACGCCCAUUGCCCUCAGACCCAUCCAACUGCCAGACCCCUAAAAAACAAAGACUGUUAGACCAGUGUUUGCCUCUGCAGUCGCCCUCUUAUGGAGACAAUGCUACCAAGGGGGCUCGUUGCUCCUCCAGUCAUGGAAACUCUAGCGUACAGGUCAAACUGGACUUUGAAAAAACUAACAAUCAUCUCCAGGGGAGUCCAAAUCAUCUGUACUCACCACACAAAAUCAGCGGAUGUUCUACUAUUCCCAAAGCAGAGAGGACAGAGCCAGGCAAUGCUGCACCCAGCUCUAAUCUCCCACAAACUGACACAUCCAUUUGCACUGACCAACAGUUCAACAAUGGCCAACAUAAAAAGAAGAGGUCCAAAAAGCACAAAGACAAGGAACGAGAGCGCUUAAAACCUGACUGGAUUGAGACCAGUCCAGACCUGAAGCAGAACCAAGAAAAUCUCAAAGACCAUGAGGGAGAGAAAACACCUGUCAAUCGAACCUCAGCAGAGGAACUUCCUGACUAUUUGAUAAAAUACAGCACCAUAACAGCACUGGAGCAGCGUCAACAGUACAAGGAUGACUUCUGCGCCGAAUACGAUGAAUACAGAGCUCUUCAUGACCGGAUUGGGGCUAUAACAGAGAUGUUUGUUCAGUUGGGCUCAAAGAUCAACACUCUCUCCCCGGGAACACAAGAGUACAAGCUCAUGGAGGACCAAAUACUGCAAAAGUACCGAAAGUAUAAGAAAAAGUUUCCCGGGUACCGGGAAGAGAAGAAACGAUGCGAGUAUCUCCAUCAGAAAUUGUCGCAUAUCAAAGGCCUGAUCACAGAUUAUGACCGAGCACAAGAACUCUCUUAGUAACUGGCCUCUACCCUCAGCAGGGUGGAAUAUGACUGGACCAAAAGACUCGUAAAUGACUCAAAAACUGCCCAUCUGGGUCCAGGAGUCGCUGAGACACUAUUCACUUUAUUCCUUGGAGUAGCAGUGGAAUCGAAGAGCGAGGUUAUUUUUCAAAAGUGGGCUGAGACCACCGACUCGUGAUCAAAUGUUGCCCUUUAACCUUAUGGUUUUCAGUGAUGACUAUCGCUGUAAUGGCUGGAUUUUGUUCUGCUGUAAAAAUGAUCAGAUGACACAGUGAAAGCCAAAUCCAUUGAAAUGCAAAACAGAUUUGAACCUGUCUGCUCAAUUGCAUUUUUAUUCUAUUCUUUAUCUUGUCAGACCUAAAAAAAAAAAAAAAAGUGUUGAUUUAUGAAAAAGUAUUAAUUGAUGGUACAAUCA